AAGUAAAACGAUAACAAAUAGAGAGCCGAGGAAAAGGAAACAUGGGUUAAGGAGGCGCGUGGCUUUAUUAUUUUCUUCUGUGCGGAUGUCUAAACGGAAGUCUGCUGUUAAAGGGGGGCGGAGGGGAGGAGAGGAAAGGAGAGGAGGAGGUUAGCUAGCGGCGUACUGCAAGAGGUUUGUGGGUAAACGCCAUUACUUUUCCAAGAGUGCCUUUGUAUCGAUUGCAGUCGCGAGACGAAACCUGCCCUGGCCCCACCAGGGGAGGGAGGAGGUACAAGGGGGGGGUUCAACCCCCACGCGCCCCGGAACGCGCGGACUGACCGCGAGCACGGUUAGCUCGGUCAGCGCGAUGGGCGGGUUUCGCUCUAGUUUGUUUUCAGCGGGUCUCUUUGAAGCGGACUGAAACCUCCUUCGGGUGUUUGUUGUGAUUUCUUUCUUUUUUUUUUUGCCCCCUACAUCGAGCUUGCAGAUCAGCGUGAGCUGAACAGGACCGUCCUUCUUUCACUCCUGCAAGGCUGUUGAACUCUGAACAAGAAAAAGUGAAUUUUGAACAUUAAUGACACAAGUGCCAAGUAAAGAAGGAGAAAGAAUCGCCCAACCAAUGGCACAAGAAGCGGAAAGUCAUUUGAAGUGGAAUGCAAAAUACUUGCGUUCACAGGAAUCGGUUUGUGUAGGCUCCUUUGAAGAUGGGCUUGGGAGUGGUCUCUUGUGCUCUGGAGAAGACGACCUAACACAGCAUAUUGAGAACUUACUUGCUCAAGAACUGAGUACACGCUCGUUAUCUGAAAUUCAGCAUUCUACCAGCUUUGCCACUGAUCAGCCUGGUCAAGGUGGGAUUAAGGCUGCUUCUGAAAAAACUAACCUAGCUAAUAUGUGUGCUAAACCACACUCCUUUUCAGACUGUCACACAUCUAAUUCUACCAUUGUGACUCGGAGAGAUGUAGCAGAUGGCUCUUCUUGCAGUAUCGAUGAGUUUACACAGCAGUUGAUAAAUUUUACAGAACAGAGUUCAAGCCCUGAUAGAUAUACCACAGGUGAUAAUGAUGAUUACCCAACCUGGCACUCAAACAUCCUUGAUCAGUAUUCUGACAUUAGCAGCUGCUCCGACGAUGGAAAGGAAAUGCGGACAAAGCAGAAUCCAAUAAUCAGUGAGGAAAAACACGUGGAUGAAGGACUUAACACACUUUCCAACUACCAAGAAGGGGACUGUCUUGUGAGCAAAAGUUUAGAUCCGUCCAUGAGGAAUGAGAUUACUAGCCAAGGUAACAGGCCUUCCUGGUCCACAAGUACUUUUUGGGGUCAGUAUUCUGAUAAGAAAAACUGUUGUGAAAAAGCAGCUGAGGAAUCUCUUAACACUACUGUAAUAUUGGAUUUAUACCGGCCUGUAGACAGUGUAAAAGAAUUGUCACCGUCUACCAAAAAAGAUCAUGCAGAGACAUCUAUUGUGGAUAGAGGUACAUCCCAAUGUGCAGAUGAAAAACAGUUAGACAAUGUCACUUGCUGGCCAGUUGUUCGGAAUGAGUGUGAAGAUAAUACAGUUGAACAUAACAAUACUGUGUAUACUUCAUCACCUGAAGAUGGUAAUGUAGAGCAAAAUUCACAGCAUGCAUCAGGAGAAUCCAUUCUUAAAGACAUUGAACAUAAAGCAAAUUUAAAGAAAACAGAACGCUUGUCAGAAAAAAAGAUUUUUCGCACAAAUACAGGACCUUCAUCAGAGUUAGACACCAAUGUUGAAGUUUCAACAUUAGUACAGGAGAAUGAGUUGCAAAGUAAUAAGCAAAGCAGGUUGCCUGUAAGAGAUUACAUGAUGGAUGGCCCUUUAUGUCAAAAUAAUUGUGAAUACAGCUUAGCAGAUCAACAUACUUCUCGGAAUAAGAUACAGAGAAGAAUGUUUGCCUUCAUGAGGGAGAGGAAUAUUCUACCAAGUACUCCGUUACAGACUGAUGAUGAGAAGGACAUGUCAACAGCAACAGCACAUCUGCUAGAUGAAGGUGAAGGUUUGCAAGUAAGCAAAGGGAUGUUUGAAUCUGAGCUAUCAACUGACAAGUAUUGCCAUUUUGUGGGCAAAAGAAGCGUAAGAGAGUGUGUUGAUGAAUUAAUUGAUAUGGAAGUGGUUCCAUCAGCAUCAGAACAAAACAAUAUUCAGAUGUUCCGUGAUGAGCAAUGUGUUUCUGAUCAAGAUGACCUGGAGCAAAGUUUAAUUUCUGACAGAGCUUCUGUUAAAAGAACUGAGAAAAAGUUUGAAGGAGGAGAUACUUCAGCUGGGUGUGCCAAAACCUCCGCCGAUGAUUUGUUCUCUGUUUUAGACUGGAAAUGGCAGUACUUGCCAUUAGUGAGAUUAGACAGACCCCAGAGCUCAAGCGUCGGCUUUAAAGAAUUUCAAUGCAAUAACUGCCAACAAAGAUUCAAAGAUACACGUUCUAUUUUUGAACAUUACAAGGUUCAUAUUAAGCAAGAGCUGUACAAAUGUAAGAAUUGUUCAGUGAUUUUUACAGUAAAAAGCACCCUGAGUCAACACCAGUGUCUGAAACCAAGUGCUGAUUGUGCUACCCCGAAGAAACUAAAAAUAUUCCAAGGUAUUAAGGCACUCUUGAAGAAGCAGGGCAAUGAUGAAUUAUAUAAAUGUACACACUGUGACAAGAACUUCAAGAGUUCUAAUGAACUGAGCAGUCAUGAGCAAAACAAACAUGCAAAACCAAACUUAUACUGCUGUCAGGGGUGUGGAAAACAGUAUACGUAUUAUGCUGCUCUUUUGAAACAUCAGAAUGCCACAGAUGAAACUGGUAAAAACACUAAAUGCUUGGGUAGCCCAACAGUAAAUGAAAAACUGGAUAGACAUAAUAUUUUACAGAACUCUCCACAAAACGUGGAACCCUCCACAGGAAGAUGAUCAAA